AAGACGUUUGCCAGCGCCUCUAGUGUCAGUUUCAGUCAACACGUCACGUAAAUGGCAAAGUACAUCAGGCUGAGGGAGAAAUAAAGACUUAAAAAGUGAUCGUGAAAGCUGGACCAAAAUAAAUUCUGCGUAAUUAACAAUCUCACAAAACUCCUUAAUUACCUCUCAUAACUAACAAACUACCAGCAAACAAUCAUAGCCACAGUGUCAUAUAUUACAAGCAAGGUAACGAGUAAAAUCUUAGCAAUGGCGACUUGACCCCACAAAGAAUGGAACACUUUGCUCAACAUCGACAUUACUUACUAUCUCGAGAUUGUCUUUUCGAGUCUAAUUAAAAAGCCAUAAAGAUGGCAGAAGUUGAUCCAGAGACGUUACUGGAGUGGCUUAGCAUGGGCCAGGGAGAUGAACGAGACAUGCAGCUGAUAGCUUUGGAGCAAUUGUGCAUGUUGCUGUUGAUGAGCGACAAUGUUGAUCGGUGCUUCGAGAUCUGCCCACCGCGAACAUUUUUACCAGCGCUCUGUCGUAUUUUUUUGGACGAGCACGCGCCUGACAGUGUCCUGGAAGUGACAGCACGGGCAAUAACUUACUAUCUUGAUGUAUCAGCGGAAUGUACGCGACGAGUGGUCGCCAUGGAGGGCGCAGUCAAGGCGAUUUGCGGACGACUGUCAGGUGCAGCUUUGGGAUCACGAGCUAGCCGUGAUUUAGCAGAGCAGUGUAUCAAAGUACUGGAGUUGGUUUGUGCACGAGAAGCUGGAGCAGUGUUUGAAGCUGGAGGUCUUCCGUGUGCGUUGGGAUUUAUCAGAGAAAACGGAGCACGUGUUCAUCGUGACACUUUACACUCAGCGAUGGCCGUUGUCUCGAGACUCUGUGGUAAAGUAGAGCCUCAGGAUAAAACACUUCCUGAUUGUGUGGAAGCCUUGUCAACUUUACUGAGACACGAAGACGCUCACGUGGCUGAUGGCGCGCUGCGUUGCUUUGCAUCACUUGCAGAUCGUUUUUCACGACGUGGAACAGAUCCAGCGCCUCUGGCAUCCAAUGGACUAGUGUCAGAACUUCUCUACAGAUUAUCAAAUGCAGCGGGACCAGGUACUUCAGUAGCAGCAGCUGCCAAUAAUCCCAAAACACCGCCACCUUCUACAACGUCAUCAACGAUACCAGCACCCGAGCCCAAGUCCUGUGCGUCAGUAUCCACCAUCAUAAGUCUUUUGUCCACAUUGUGCCGUGGAUCUCCAUCAAUAACUCACGAUUUGCUGCGUUCAGAGUUGCCUGAUGCCAUUGAAAAAGCUUUGAAAGGCGACGAGAGAUGUGCAUUGGACUCAAUGCGUCUUGUAGAUUUACUUCUCGUAUUAUUAUUUGAAGGAAGAUCUGCAUUAGGCCGCGGUGGAGCCGUUGGUGGACCAUCUGGGCCUCUUUUGCCUCGUCUACGUCGACUAGACAGCGCUGGGGAAAAAUCACACCGUCAAUUAAUCGAUUGCAUUCGUUCCAAGGACACCGAUGCGCUGAUAGAAGCAAUCGAUACUGGAGGUAUUGAAGUCAAUUUUAUGGAUGACGUAGGACAGACUUUAUUGAACUGGGCAUCGGCAUUUGGAACUCAGGAAAUGGUCGAGUUUCUUUGUGACCGAGGUGCUGAUGUUAAUAAAGGACAGCGCUCGUCUAGCCUACACUACGCCGCGUGUUUCGGCAGACCCGCUAUUGCCAAAGUAUUAUUAAGACAUGGUGCCAAUCCGGAUCUGCGCGAUGAAGACGGCAAGACCCCGCUGGACAAAGCUCGUGAACGUGUUGAUGAAGGUCACAGAGAAGUUGCCGCUAUUUUACAGAGUCCUGGUGAAUGGAUGCUCCCGCCGAGUAAUCAAGAACACAGAAAGCAAGACAGUGAUGUUGAUAGUGAGUUCACGGAACCUAAAGGCGACCCUGAGAUGGCGCCGGUUUAUUUGCGAAGACUUUUACCUGUUUUUUGUGCCACAUUUCAGUCGACUAUGUUACCUAGUGUGCGGAAGGCUAGUUUAAGUUUGAUACGUAAGAUGGUUCAUUAUAUACAGGCUGAUCUGCUUGUGGAAACUUGUGGAUCUGAUAAAACUGCUGGAUGCGGUGCUAUGCUCGUUGAAGUUAUCGCAAACGUUCUUGAUAAUGAGGAAGAUGAAGACGGACACUUGAUAAUAUUGCAAAUGAUCCAAGACUUGAUGAUGAAGGGCAAAGAUGAAUUUCUCGAACACUUUGCGCGUCUUGGAGUUUUUUCAAAAGUUGCGGCACUCGCGGGACCGCAGGAUUCACCUGCUGAACCGGAAAAUGAACCAGCUGCGACGGCGACUGCUCUGGUUACUGGUGAUGAACAUAAACCAGAAGAUGCUCGAGAGUUGCUGGUGGGUCGCGCUUAUCACUGGAGAGACUGGUGCAUUUGCCGCGGUCGCGACUGUCUUUAUGUUUGGUCAGAUGCAGCGGCCUUGGAGUUGUCUAAUGGAAGUAACGGGUGGUUCCGGUUUAUUCUUGAUGGAAAAUUAGCUACCAUGUACUCCAGCGGUAGCCCUGAAGGCGGCACUGAUGCCACAGGAAAAGGGAGAAACACAGAAUCGCUUACAACAGAAGUAAUGGCGUCGAUUGCAGAGAGUCGUGGAGAAUUUUUGGAAAAAUUACAACGUGCACGUGGACAAGUUAAACCUAAUACUGUAAGUCAACCUGUGCUUUCAAAGCCUGGUCCCACACGUUUAGUUGUGGGUAACUGGGCACUUUCUAGUCGCAAAGAAUGCGAAAUGUGUAUUCAUAAUAGCGACGGGCAGCAACAAGCAACGAUUUUACGCGAAGAUCUGCCUGGAUUUAUUUUCGAAUCUAAUCGCGGUACUAAACAUUCGUUUACUGCCGAAACUAGUUUAGGUCCGGAUUUCGCAGCAGGAUGGGCAGGAAAGCGUGGCAAGCGUCUGAGAUCAAAGAUAGAAGCCAUAAAGCAAAAAGUUAAAACCCAAGCACAAGAAAUAUACGAGAAUUAUUUCAAAGCAGCACAAGCUCAGCCGCGCGGAGUAGUGGCCAAGUUAGCAGCGAUAGUAAAUCAAAUAGACAAAGCAUAUCAGAAGCAGUUGUCCGGCAACCGGGAGUGGCGCAGCGUACUUCAAUCAGCUUUAGAAGAAUUGAAGAUGCUGUUGAACGAAGAAGGCCGCGUAUCAGCUUACGAAUUGCAUUCCAGUGGACUCGUGCAGUCGCUGCUAGGUCUCCUGGCCAGUCCUUCUAGCCCCCAAGUUACCACAGUUCGAGCCAACCGCAUGCGUCUCCAGCGGAUAGCCGUCUUUAAGAGCUGCUUCAAAGCCAAAGACACAAAUGACGGCAACUCAGCCAAAGUGUUGGUCCAAAAACUGGUCUCAGUUCUCGAGUCAAUUGAAAAGUUACCCGUAUAUCUUUACGACACACCUGGAUCUGGAUACGGGCUACAGAUUCUUACCCGCCGGCUGCGUUUCCGUCUUGAGCGCGCCCCCGGUGAGUCCUCGCUCAUCGACAGGUCCGGCCGUAGCCUUAAAAUGGAACCACUCAGCACAAUCCAGCAGCUAGAGAACCACUUGCUGAAGAUGAUAGCAAAGCAGUGGCACGACCACGACCGAACGACAUUUACCUUCGUUAAAAAACUUAAAGAAGGCAACAAGAUGACCUUUCAGUACUCGCACGAUUUCGAUGAAAACGGAGUCCUCUACUGGAUCGGUACCAAUGCUAAGACCAGUCCCGAGUGGGUUAAUCCCGGCCAGUAUGGUCUAGUAGUCGUGACAUCAAGUGACGGGCGCAGUUUACCUUACGGACAUCUGGAGGAUAUUUUAAGUCGCGACCAGAGUGCGUUGAAUUGUCACACCAACGACGACAAGCGCGCAUGGUUUUCUAUUGAUCUAGGAGUUUGGCUGAUACCCAGCGCGUAUUCACUGAGACAUGCCCGCGGGUAUGGAAAGAGCGCUCUCAGAAACUGGAUGUUCCAGGCAUCUAAGGAUGGAGUAAACUGGACGACUUUAUAUACGCAUAUUGAUGACUGCUCACUAAAUGAACCUGGUAGCACCGCAACCUGGACUUUGGAACCACCUAGUGAUGAAAGUCAGGGCUGGAGACAUUUGCGGCUGCAACAAACUGGCAAGAACGCCUCUGGGCAGACUCAUUAUUUGUCGGUGUCUGGUUUUGAAGUUUACGGAGAAGUGACAGGAGUGUGUGAAGAUCUAGGCCGAGCUGCAAGAGAAGCUGAAGCUGGAGUAAGACGUCAAAGACGGUUGAUAAAGUCACAAGUUUUGAAACAUUUAGUUGCCGGAGCCCGCGUCGCUCGUGGGUUGGAUUGGAAGUGGAAAGACCAAGACGGAGUACCUGCAGGCGAAGGUUCAAUCACUGGAGAGCUUCACAACGGAUGGAUUGACGUAACCUGGGACCACGGGGGCUCAAACUCCUACCGCAUGGGCGCUGAGGGAAAGUACGAUCUGCGAUUAGUUGGUACUAGUUUAGAUGGAGAAAAUAAAAAUAAAAAUGGAUCUGGUGUUCUUACGGGUAGGAAGUCUAGCAGCACACCCAGUUUGCCGGACUGUACUGAUGUCAGCAUGCGCGGAUCCGUUGCUUCAACUGACCAAGCAGCAAGUGCUGAAAAUUUGGCAGCCAAACAAGCUGCUGAAUCAAUUGCCGAAAGUGUGUUGUCUGUAGCACGGGCUGAAGCUGUCGUUGCAGUCACUGGAGAAGGCGGAGCCAGCAACAGUGGAGAACUUUCAGUGGUACUUCACCCGAGACCUGACACCGCAGUCACCAGCGAUCUUGUCACCAUCGUAGAGAGUCUUGCUCUCAAUACUGACUGCCCGCCCAACAGCAACAGCAACCGCGCGUCAAGUUCCAAACCUCUGUUUUCGACAGUGCGCGGCAACAAGCCAACAAGCGGUUUACUGAGCCUCGAAGCCUCCGAAGUACUUGAUCGUCUUCGCGAAGGUGCUGACCGGUUACGUAAUAACACUAACAGUUUCUUGAGUGGUGAAUUACUUGGUUUAGUACCUGUUAGAAUAUCUGUGUCCAGCGAAACUGAUGACAACUCGAUGAGAAUUAGACCUGUACCGCGUCACAAUCCAGCUACUGAUGCAACAAAAGAAUGCAACCGAGACAAAGAAGCCACCAGUUCGUCAUCACAAAAUACAACCGGGGGAUGUCCAGUCGUGGUCACUAAUCCCAUGUCCGUCUCGGUACCAAAUCUCGCAUGUACUGACACGAACAACACCUUGGAGACAACUGCAGCCUCUGGUUUACUGGAGACAUUUGCCGCAAUGGCACGAAGACGUACCUUAGGACCAGCUGGUGGACAGCACAUUGCACCCAACUCAAAUGUAACACAAAACACACGAGGACCGACAUCAGUAUCAAAUUUCGUACGUUUAGCCUUGAGUUCAAACUUUACCGGGGGACUGCUAAGUACUGCGCAGAGUUACCCCAGUUUAACAAGCAGCAGUCAGGUCGCUGGCAGUGGUGUCACCACGACAACUGGUGCUGGUGGUUUAGGACAAGCAUUGACCAUGUCAUUGACCAGUACCAGCAGCGACAGUGAACAGUUAUGGCUACAGGUGAGUCUCGAAGACUUUUUGGAGUCAUGUGGUGGCGUUGCUAGUUCAAGUGUCGGGGGAAUACGAACAACUGGUGGCCCGACUCUUCUUGGUGAGCUCGACGAUGAUGAAGAAGUACUCGCAGAAGAAGACGAUGACAACGAGGAAAAUGAUCCAGAGAUCGAUUUAUUGAUCCAGGACGACGACGAGGAGAAUGAGGAAGAAGUUGAAGGUGGAGAGGGUGAAUAUGAAGAAGUUAUGGUCUCUCGUAAUCUUUUGGCAGCUUAUAUGGAAGAAGAGACACCACAGAGUACCAAACGACGUGCUUGGGAUGAUGAGUUUGUACUGAAACGUCAAUUUUCUGCACUGAUACCCGCUUUUGACCCACGGCCAGGUCGUACCAACAUAAACCAGACGACAGAUCUCGAAGUGCCGCAGCCUGGAAGUGAUUUGCAGUCCAGCGUACGCGUGGGAACUCUUCCAUCGCCUCGUUUAUCUCUUUCACUAAAGGGUCCAGGUCUGCCGGAUAUACCAGACGUUGAAUUGUCACUUACGGAUCAAAAUGCCAGCAUAUUCCAGGCAGUGCAAGAGCUGAUGCAGAUGACCGAGUUAGGAAGCCGGCAAGAGAAAUUGCGCCGUAUUUGGGAACCGACUUACACGAUAAUUUACCGCGAGUCAAAAGAUGAAGAGUCUUCAGGCCGUGCUACACCAAUAGUGACUCUCUAUUCAGGCAAACCCGCAGUUAGCAGUAACGCAUGCACUGUUGAAGACGUUCUCCAGUUGCUAAGACACGUCUACGUACUCAGCAUCACCCGGGAUGACCGUAGAGAUGCAACAAUAAAUGAAGAUUCACUAGAGUCCACCUGCUGGGUUAAUCCUGACGACUUUACCUCUAAGAAAAUUACCAACAAAGUGAUACAGCAGAUACAGGACCCACUGGCACUUGCCGCCGGUGCAUUGCCAGCCUGGUGCGAGGAAUUAGCUCGCAGCUGUCCCUUCUUGCUGCCCUUCGAAACCCGGCGGUUGUACUUUAGCUGCACAGCUUUCGGAGCCUCAAGAUCCAUCGUCUGGUUGCAGACCCAACGUGACGCGAUCCUGGAACGUCAACGCGCACCAGGACUCAGUCCCAGACGAGAUGACAGCCAUGAGUUCCGCGUCGGCAGAUUGAAACAUGAACGAGUGAGUGUUCCACGUGGUGACAAGCUUCUAGACUGGGCAGAACAGGUUCUUAAAAUUCAUGCCAACCGCAAGAGUAUUUUAGAAGUUGAGUUCGUCGGCGAGGAAGGAACAGGAUUGGGUCCAACGCUUGAAUUUUUCGCGCUGGUUGCUGCUGAGCUGCAGAAAAAAGAUCUUGGACUAUGGCUGUGUGAUGAUCAUGAUCAACUAGAAGGGUACGCAUGUCCUUCAGACGAACAAGCAAAACCUGCUGGCUGUUAUGUCAUCAGACCAAGCGGUUUGUUCCCUGCACCUCUACCUCAGGAUUCCGAGGCUUGCGAUCGCGCUGUUAGAUAUUUCUGGUUCCUCGGAGUCUUUUUAGCCAAAGUACUCCAAGACAAUCGUCUUGUUGAUCUGCCGCUGUCCAGAUCAUUCUUGAAGUUGAUGUGUCGCGGUGAUAUUGCCAAUAAUGUUAAUGAGAAGAUCGGACUGACGGGAGUUACCCAGGAAAGUAUGUCCUCAAGUAUGGCCAGCAGUUUUAUCAGCGAGGAAGGUGAGACAGAUGGACUUAAUUCUUUAGAACCCAGUCCCUGGUACGAGGGAAUUCUCGACGUCGAGGACUUGGUGAUGAUUGAUCCGGUAAGAGGUGAAUUUUUGAAAGAAAUUCAAGCGGUUGCUUGUAGACGGGAGAGAACUAUUUCUGAGGGUUGCUCAUCUUCUGAUGAAGAUGUUAUACGUAUUAAUCAUCCGUCCGGCACUUCUGUUGCUAUUGAAGACUUAGGAUUGACAAUGUCUUACUCACCUGGCUCGAAAGUUUUUGGAUAUGACCAUGAAGAACUUGUAGAAGGUGGAUAUGAUAUCGCUGUUGGUGUUGACAAUGCGAGAGAGUACGCUGAGUUGACGAUUAAUUACUGUCUUAACAAGGGCAUUGCGAGACAACUGGAGUCUUUCAAGGCAGGAUUUUCUAAAGUGUUUCCUAUGGAGAAGCUGCAUGCCUUUAGCCCGGAGGAAGUCAGAGCUAUGUUAUGUGGAGAACAGAACCCGCAUUGGACUAGAGAAGAUCUGCUCAAUUAUACCGAACCCAAACUUGGAUACACACGUGAAAGCCCCGGUUUCCAGAGAUUCGUCAACGUACUCCUGUCGCUAACCGGUCCCGAGCGCAAAGCCUUCUUGCAGUUCGCCACUGGAUGCUCAGCACUACCACCCGGCGGUCUCUGUAAUCUGCACCCAAGACUGACAGUCGUGCGCAAAGUAGAUGCCGGUUCCGGCGGUUACCCAUCAGUGAAUACCUGCGUCCACUAUCUAAAGCUGCCUGAGUACCCGACAGAAGAAAUUUUAAAAGAGCGACUCCUGGCUGCGACACGCGAGCGAGGUUUCCACUUGAAUUAAUUUAAUAAAAUUAAAUUAAAUCACCUAAAAUUAAAUCACUAUAUAAAUAAAAAUGAAAUAAAAUAUUAUUUUUUAAUUAAGUCUCAAGUGUCUCAUGUGAUCACGGGCCUCGUGUUUAUUAAACACUCUAAAUCUUUAUGACUCAGUGGUACAGAAUUUAAUCUCACAAUUUAUUAUAUUUAAUUAAUUAAUUAAUUAUUACUAUUAAUUUAUUAAUAAUCCUUAAUUAUUAUUAUCAUAAGCUUUAAUUUUAAUCUCAAAUAGUUUUGAGUACUUGUAAAUUUAAUUGCAGCUGGUUUAAUUAAUUAAUGGUUUUUAAAAUAAACAUAUAUUAUUAAAUUUAAAUAUAAAUAAAUAUAUAUUUAAAGAUGAAACUAAUUAGGUGCUUUAACACAUUUUCGUCUUAUUAAUUAUUAUUAUUAUUUAAUUUAAUAAAUAUUAAUUAAAACAUCUGUACUACAAUAAAUUA